AACAACAUCAGGGUAUCAGUGGGUUUUAUUGUGAAACUCAGUACCGGAAGUGCUCCCGCUGACGUGUCGGGGCGUUGACAACGUGUUCAGGUGUGUUCUUGCCGUCAUGGGGCUGGUUUACUCGGAGCCGGCAUGUCAGGCAGCCUACGACGGAGACCUCCAUCAGCUCUAUAAGAUCCUGAAGGAAAACCCAACCCUGCUGGACGUCCAGGACCAAAACUACGGGGACACGCCCCUCAUGGCCGCUUGUCGCCGUGGUAACCUGAAUGUGGUAAAGUACCUGAUUGACAACAAGGCAAAUGUCCAGCUGACCAACAAGAAACAGAGGACGUGUCUUCACUAUGUGUCUAAGAGGAAUCUCUCUCUAGUGGACUACCUGUUGAUCACCAUCCUGAUGCCCAUCCUGCUGCUGGGAUACUUCCUCAUGCUGCAGAAACAGAGAAAGAGCGAGGCGCUGAUGGAGGUUGUGUUGAGCAGCAGUGUUAAAGUCAGUGCAAUUGACUACAAAGGCAACACAGCGCUGCACUAUGUCUGUCUGAGGAAAAGUCACCGUUUGGUUCCUCUGCUGUUGAAACACAAUGCCAAAACUGACAUCAGGAAUAAGGAUGGAGAAACUCCGCUGGACAUCGCCACACGGCUGAAGUUCAAAAAGAUUAUUAACAUGCUCAGAAAGACAAACUGAUGGACACUGAUGGCCAGUUAGAGCUCAGACUGAUCCAUGAUGUUGAAGAAAAAACACCAAUCCCAGACUCUGUGCGAAGUUGGCUAAUGGUUACUGUUCUAAGAUAGGCACUGCUUGGUGUUCUGAGCUUGGUUAAGACGUGGUGUGCUAAGCUAGGCUAAAGCUUUCUGUUCUAGGCUAGACUAACGUUUCGGUGCUAUGCUAUGGUAUUGCUUUCUGUGCUAAGCCAAGCUGUUUCUGUGCUAAGCUAGGUUAAUUUUUUUCUGUACUAAAAUAGGCAAAUGGUUUGCGUGCUAAAUUAUGCUAAUGUUUUCUCUACUAAGCUAGGCUAAUGAUUUUUAAGAAGUUACAAUAAUGUAAUAUCAUUGAACUCUGUUGCAGAGUUUGGCUAAGGUGGUAAGCUGUUUCACUUGGCUUCAGUCAGUUCAUAUCUGCCCAUGGUGCAUUGUCUUGGUACUUGGAAGUGGGAUUUUAGACAUUCCCACUUAGAAAAAGAACAAAAACACUGUUCAGUGGAACUGUGCGCAUAUAGAAUGUUGUACUUUCAUGUAUAAAAAUUUAAUAGCAGUCCUGACAGUUUUUAUCCUGUUAAACCAGAGUCGCAUAGAGUAAUGUAUCUAUAUUUGUAAAAUAUCUGUAAAAUAUCUAUAUGUGUUCCUUUUGGUGUUUGAUCACAUAGAGAAACUAUCAGCUUGCAUUGUUAAAAGCACUUAGCUUAAAAAAAAUAGCAAGUCCCAGUGUUUUUUCUAUUUGCAACUCGAAUGCUCUGAACUCAGUUGUGACAAAUUAAAGAUGAGCUAGGCCAACAA